AUGGAUGAAUCCCCAACAAAACAUCUGCUUGGCUCAAAGAAAAGAGUCAAGAUCCAUCCCAACACAGUUACAGUCAAAUAUGCCACCCACUUUCCCCAGCCUGGGGACGAGGGUUAUGAUGACGCUCCGUCUUUUGAAGACUUUGGCUCAUUUCUUGAGGAGACCUCAGACAAGAAGAGACUCACUGAUGGUAAGUCGGGAAGAACUUUUUUUGGCUCGUUAGACAGCCAUUCCAAACCUGCUGGAGAACAAAAGGACAAGGGGGUUGGAGAGCAGCUGCAGAGCUUUGGGGAGGCUUCAGUCUUUGCGUCACGUGUAACAUGGAGCGCUCUGUUUGGAGCUGCGUUGGCCCAUGGCUGCGUGGCUCUCAUCACCAGACUGGCAGCAGACCGCUCUAAAGUGCCCUCUCUGGAGCUCCUCUUCAUCCGCUCAGUGAUCCAAGUGUUGUCCAUCUCCGUGGUGUACUACUAUCAGGAGCCUCCCUUUGGACCAAAGGGCUAUCGACUACGCCUCUUUUUUUAUGGGGUGUGCAAUGUCAUCUCCAUUACAUGUGCGUAUACCUCCUUUGCGAUUGUUCCGCCCAGUAAUGGCACCAUUAUGUGGCGUGCCACCACCACUGUCUUCAGUGCUGUGCUGGCUUUCUUACUAAUCGAUGAACGCCUGGGUUUGACAGACAUAGUCACAGUGGUGAGUAGUGUGUGUGGGCUGUGCCUGGUCAUGAUUCCUAACAUAGUGAGUGAACACAUGUCAGUGGGUUUCUGGAAGGAGGCCUUUGGAUACACCAUGACAGUGAUGGCGGGCUUAACUGCCGCCCUGUCCAUGAUCAUCUAUAGGGCCAUCAAAGAGAAGGUUAGCAUGUGGACAGCGCUCUUUACCUUCGGGUGGACAGGAACCGUGUGGGGGGCCUCUACCAUGUUUAUCCUUCAAGAACCCAUCAUUCCGCUGGAUGGGGAGACAUGGGGGUACCUCAUUGGUAUCUGCAUCUGUUCCACUGUUGCAUUCCUGGGGGUAUACUACGCCCUAAAUAAGUUCCACCCGGCUCUGGUCAGCACCGUGCAGCAUCUGGAGAUAGUGGUGGCCAUGCUCCUCCAACUCAUCGUACUGCACAUGAUCCCGUCUGUCUAUGAUGUCAUCGGAGGCCUCAUCAUCAUCAUCAGCGUGGUGGUGCUCACGGCCGUCAAGCUCUAUUGGGUGGGGAAAAGCAAAAGACAAGAGUAUGAAGAGAUCCUCGAUUCACCAAUUAAAUGA